CCCCAUUAAAUCAUAUGAAAGUUUACCAAAAGAAACGGAUCGACUGUAGAUAUGGAGCCGUAUGGACACGUUUAAUAGCCCCAUGACGACGCCUUAUCUCCUGACUUGGCUGUUACAGUGACAUUUGAUUUCCCCAAAAACGUACAGACAAAAGUCAGAGAAACUCAACUCCACAUAAACAUCACAUACAAACAAACAAAGCAAACCCCACUGUGACAAAGAAAAACUAGAGAGCCUUUAGAGUUAACGAACCAACACCAAGACUUUAUUUCCGUUUUUCUCAUCUGCUGCUGGUUUACAAGCCGUUAACAAUGCCGUCUGGUGCGAAGAAGAGAAAGGCCUUGAAGAAGAAGGAGCUGGAAGCUUUUGGAGCCAGUCCAAGCAAUAAAGGUGUCAAUGGUCAUGGACAUGAUGAGCAUGGAAGCCAAGAUGAGGGAGAAAGUGAUGGCAAUUUGAGUUCCCCUGGUUCUCAAGGAAAUGGAGAAUUUUGGACAAGAGGUCCAUCACCUUCUCCCUUAUCUGGUCUGGGGAAGGACACUGUUAAACAUAAAACAGAAGAUGCAGGCCAAGAGGAGAAUGGUGUGGAGGACAAACCACCCAAACCCUUUUCAGAGAAUGUUACUCACAAUACCAGUAAAGUCCCUUGUAAAGAGUCUGCUGGUACUUUGGAAACUGGACCUGCUGAUGAUUUUGUCUCAAAGGUUGUGAUCCCUGACAAAAACAAGCAAGUUGAAAUCUCGGAUUCUGUUCAGCAUAACUCUGAUGAAAGUGAAGAGAAGCAUAAACCAGAGGAAGCAAAGGAGGGUAGCAUUCCAGGAUCUGCUGCAGAAACAAGCAGAGAUUUAAAGAUUGUGAGAGAAUGUUCUGAAGAGAAGGCUCUGGAAGAUAAUUACAGGCAAGUAUUAGCCAAGACUUACUUUGCUACUGUUGAUUCCUAGCACUGUGUCUGAAACUUUGUUUGCUCACAGAACCACCUACGGGUCCAAUGAUUAGAUUUUAUAGUAUUUGAUUAUUUGCUAUUGUGAUUCAUACAGUGAGUCCAUGAGUUCUCCCCAAUAUUCUUGACUCAUAGUGUGGUGAUGAAGAACAUGAGUAAAAUAUUCAACAAAGAGUGGACAUCAGAAGCUCAAAGGACAGCCUUUUGCUAGAUAAUUAUUUUAACAAGAAAUAUCAUCUGUUUAUGUCAAGGAAUUUUCGUUUCAUGAGAUCUGAACAUAGUUCUAUUUUUUUAUGUAAUACGUAUAUUGUUUUUCGAUGCAAUUUCUUUUUAAUCA